GCUCCGGCCGCCGGUGCCGCCCGCACUCCGCGCUCCCGCCCGCCGCCGCUACCCGGGACCGGCGGCCGCCGCGCGGAGCCCGCGCCCUCCCCCGCGCCGCCUCCUCCCGCUCUCCCGCUCUCCCGCCCCGCCAUGAAGUUGAGCAGCCGCGGCCGGGGAUGCUGCGCGGGCGGCAGCCGGGAGCGCGGGCCGCCGCCGCGGAGCCCCUUCGUGCACCAGCUGCGCUUCAGCCCCCUGCAGAAAGCCAAGAUUGCCUUCAUGACCUUGACUCUGUUUCCUAUCCGACUCUUUUUUGCUGCUUUUAUGAUGUUGCUGGCCUGGCCUUUUGCAUUCAUUGCUUCAAUGGGAUCUGACGAGCAAGAGCUUGAAAAACCCCUCUCCUGGUGGCGAAAGAUAGUGGAUAUUUUGCUGAAAGCAAUAAUGAGAAUGAUGUGGCUUGCUGGUGGAUUCCACUGGAUAAAUGUAAAAGGCAGACGGGCAUUGCCAGCAGAAGCAGCAAUAUUAACGGUGGCUCCCCAUUCUUCCUACUUUGAUGCCAUUCCAGUAACUAUGACCUUCGCCUCCAUUGUGAUGAAGGCAGAAAGCAAAGAUAUUCCUGUUUGGGGAACUCUGAUCAAAUAUAUCCGACCAGUAUUUGUAUCUCGGUCAGACCAGGAUUCUCGCAGGAAAACUGUUGAAGAGAUAAAGAGGCGUGCCCAGUCUGAUGGUAAAUGGCCACAGAUAAUGAUAUUCCCAGAGGGCACUUGCACAAACCGAUCCUGUCUAAUUACAUUCAAACCUGGAGCAUUUAUUCCCGGGGUUCCUGUACAGCCAGUGGUUUUACGUUAUCCAAACAAACUGGACACAAUCACAUGGACAUGGCAAGGGCCAGGAGCGUUUGAAAUUCUGUGGCUUACUUUAUGUCAAUUUCACAAUUCUGUGGAAAUCGAGUUUCUACCCGUGUAUAUUCCUUCAGAAGAAGAAAGAAAAAAUCCAGUGUUAUAUGCCAAUAACGUCAGGCGUGUGAUGGCAGAGGCGUUGGGAGUUCCAGUGACGGACUACACAUUUGAAGAUUGUCAGCUGGCUUUGGCUGAGGGACAGCUUCGUCUGCCUUCAGAUACGUGUCUUUUAGAAUUUGCAAAGCUUGUGAGAAGCCUUGGGCUGAAGCCAGAAACACUUGAAGAUGAUCUUGAUAAAUAUACUGCCAGUGCCAUGAAAAUGAAGAAUGAAAAGGUUGAUCUCAAAGAAUUUUCAACCUACUUGGAAUUUCCUGUUUCUCAGACAUUAGAAAGUAUGUUUGCACUUUUUGAUGAGAAUGAAGAUGGUGUAAUUGACAUUCGGGAAUUUGUCAUUGCUCUGUCAGUUGUCUGUAAGCCAUCCAAAACUCUGGAAACAAUUCAGCUGGCAUUUCAGCUGUACCAGUCAGAAGGUGGAACUGUAACAGAAGAGGAUUUAGGUAAUAUUCUGAAGACUGCCAUGGGUGUGUCACAAAUUGAUGUUACACAUCUUUUUAGAGCUGUCGAUGAAGAGGAAAAAGGAAAGAUUACAUAUGAUGACUUCUACACAUUUGCUGUGUUGCACCCACACUUUGCAGAAGAAUAUCUCUAUACUGAUCAGAUGGGAGCUGAGGGCGGCUUGGAGACUUCAUCUCUUUCUGCUCCUAAUGGUAUCUGUACUGACUUCAGCCCUGACAACAGUGCAGAUAGGAGGAAGCCGUUGCAGAAGAAACUGAACUAAUACUACAACUGUUACCUUCCUCUCCUGGUGAGAGGGUUGCAUUUUCUUGGGAUUUUCAUAAGUCAUUCCAAUUAUACGGCGAAUACCAGUUUUGUGUGUGAAAGUUCUACCUGAAUACCAUCCUUUGAAUCCUUUGUGCUAUGUUUAACAACAUGUUCCAGGUUACUUUGGGAAAGGUGUUUUUAUUUUUUUCAAAGGUCUUUGAAAGGCAAAAAAUGUGAAUGUGCUUCAUUAUUAAUGUUCAUAUUUAAAAGGAAGCGGCACAACUUAUUUAUAUUCCAUUGGCUAGUUCCAUGUACCAAGUGUCGCACAAACUGUGCAUGUAUAAAGAAACUGUAGCUACUAUGGUGUAAAGUGCACUUUGGUGAUUAGUGUUUUCCCUAGUUAUGGGGAUGUUUAUUUGGGGCCAAACUUUGCUGUCCAUAUCUGAAUAGGCAGUCUUGUUGAUUUUGGUGGGAAUUAUUCUCUUGAGCAAGGCAAGCAUACUUUGGCCCUUUGUUUUGGUUUCAGUGAACAGUUUGGAAACAGUAAUAAAAAACUUGCUAAGGAUAUUUUUUUUUUUUUAAUUGCUGAAUGAGAAAAUUGUUUCUCUUUCCAUGGUAGAAUGAAAAGGAAAGGCUCCUUAUCCCUCACCCAAACACUUUUCUACUAUAAUCUUCCGGAUGCAAUUAAACAUUAAUUAUUUCCAAACUGACAUACCACAUACUGUUUGAAAAUACAUAACUGAACUGUUUGUGCUUUUCUCUCAUAACCAAUUCAAAUCAUGUCUACACAACAUUUUAUGGGAGCUGUAUACAGAGCUAUAUUUCAUUUUGAUUUAGCAGGAGUCACAGGUUUCUUUUGUAGCAAGCCUGUACAGAUAACAUAGCAUGGAAUAUAUCAUGAAAAGUUUGGUGUAUCAGCACAAGUUGGAAAAGGUUGCAGUCACUUCAGAGGCCAAGCCAGCAAUAAGUUGCAGAACAUCCUGAAGAAGUGCUAGUUAAAUCUCUAUAGCAACAUUACAUACUUCAUAGAACAUAUAUGAAGCUUAAAAUAGUUUAGAGCUGUUUAAAAAAACACCACACUUGUAUUAAAAAUACAUGCUUCCUUUUGUAAAGCCCGAUGCCUUAACUGCUGCUGGAGGUCUCAGAGAAAAAAAAUAGAUUGUUAUAAAACUACAGAUCUUCAUUGAUUAGGAAAUGUGAUAAAAGCCUCAAGGGGUAGGAGGGAGGACUCUGUCACAAAAUAACUGAUGGCAACUCUGCUUCCAAACAAAAAAAUCUUUUAAGUAAUUUCUGACUAGUUUUGUAGGGUUUUGUGCAUGGAAAACUAUUGAGAUUAGAGUUUUCAACAAAGAAAUUUAAAACUAGAUUCGAAAGGGAAGAAUUUUAGCAAAUUAUGUCUGUUUGUACCAAAUGCUUUUAUAACUAUUUUUAAAUAGUAUGAGGUGUUUUAAAGCUCAUUAGGGUAUUGGAACAUGUCCUUAGAAAUCCCAAACUCUAUGUGGCAGGUCUCCAAACUGGAACUGGUUUUAAUAAAGAGGGUAGGAGGAAAAAAAUGUAAGAAAAUAUGCUUUAUGUGGUGGUAAUAGUUUAAUUUUUGAUUAAGCCAAGCUUAACAGGGCAGCAGCAGACUGGCUGGCAAUAUUUGAAUUAAAACUGAUCAUGAAAAAUACAAGAAAUUGAUUGAAAAAAUAAGACAUAUGAGAAACUACCUUCAAGUAGGAAUAGUUAGCUGAUAGAGGAGGGAGUGAGUAUUAUUGUGCUAUAUCUUGAGGCAGGGAAGAUGGCACAGAAUAUGUCAAACUGCACACUGUUAACUCUGCUGCAGAAAAGAUGCUUGUGUUAGAGGGGUGCAUCAGCAUGUAGCCUGUGAGAAGCAGGGUGGUAUUUCUUCAUUACCAAGAUGUGGUAAGGUCUUACCUGAGGUACCUGCUCAUACUGGGGCACCUGAGAGAGAUGGGGUGUAACUGAAUAAAAUCUGAAGGACAGAAAGUACUCAAAAAGAGAUCAAAAGUAUCCUUUAAUCCAAAGAAGAGGAGAUUGAAGGAAGAUGUGAACAGUCUUUAAAUAUGGAAAAAGUUGCUAUAGAGGAAAUAGGAACACUCUUCUCCACAAAGAUGGUAGAUGCUAGCUAUUAAUUGAAAAGACAAGUUAAACAUUAGGAAAAGUCUCUUACAAUAUGCCUUAUUAAGCUAAGGAGAAGGGUUAUUUCAGGUAGGGUGAAUGGUCUGCCUUCCUUCAGUAGAGUUUUUGGAAACAGAGAAUACAGACAACUCCAAUAGAGACACUUGAUUUUGCUGAUCAUGCCCCAGGGUUACAGGGAAAUGUCCUUAAGGUCUGUUUUCUCUAAUUACACAGUAUGUAAGGGAAGGCAGGUGUAGUCUGGACAUGUUAUAUCUCUACAAGACUAUGGCAUGUGGCUCAAGCUGGCUAAGAUACUUAUCUUUUGCUUUAUAUAUGAGCUUGGGAAUAUGAGAAUUUCAGAAUGCAGGGAAUGAGAAAGAGUUCCCCAGCACAUGUCUGGAAAGAAGAAAGAGGUAAGCUCAUGAUCCCGUGGACAGCUCUGAAGUGAGAGAAGCAAGCUCCAAAGAAGAGAUACAUUGACCAUAUCUGUGAAAGAGCAAAAAAAGCUGAUUCAAGUUGGCUAAAUCAAGUGUGUCUAAUUUGCAUGUGUGGUGUAACUUGAGGGCCUGUUUUAUGAAAGCCCAUAGGUUCAUUGAGUUUUUAUUUUUAUUUGUGAGGUGUUUUGUAAUUGUGAUGAGUGUAAUAGCUGUACUUGUGUACAGCUAAGCUGUAUGGAGUGCAUUGGAGGGCUCUGCAGCCUGUAGUGGAUGGGCCCUUAAGCUGGCACCACAUUGUGCGAUGAAGAGGCACUGAAAGUCCUGUGCACCAGUGAGCUCAGUCCAGAGCUGCUGCUGGAAAAGGCUGGUGGCCAACACAGGUCACAAGCAAGCACUCUUGGUGGGUUAAAACUCAUUUAAAAAUUGGUGGAUUAACUCAUUAAAAAAUGCCAUAAGACAAAACAACAGAUUCUGGAAGGAAAUGUGGUUCUCCCUCUUCUGAGAAAUUACUGAAUAGAUUAAGACAUAAUAAGAGGAAUGAUAGGAUGAAGGAUCAGCUUGCAUGGAAGCAUUGUUAGAUCACACAUCAUGUCACAAAAGUUGAGAUUAAUUAAUAUAAUUCCAUUAAUUUUAGCAUUUGUAAUAUAUACUAUUAGACUGCCUUGUAGUGAGAGAGAAGCCAGGUUACCACAGGGUGGUGAACUCAGGUUCUUGAGGGCACAGGCCUAUAGCACAUUACAUGACUGCAGCCAUACUCCUGACAACUCAUCCAUCAAACCCCAGCUGCAGAAGUGUUUCAGUAGUUCCUGAUGAGAAGCCUUCUUACAGGCAUCUGACUGUGGAGCAGCUGGAUUGUGACAAUCAAUUUUCAGUGACCUGAUGCAAAAUCUGAGUAGAAGUGAAAUCUUCCUUUCCCCAUCACCAAAACAUUGAUAUGUAAAUGCUUUCCAUUAAAAUAUUACUGAUUUUAUAGGCAGAUUGGUAUAUUUUAACAGGUAGUAUCAACACCCCCUAAAUUUACCAGGCAACAUAAGCAGAUGUAGCAAGUAUUUAACUUAAAUGGUCCUUAUACAAAAAAUGCAGGGAUGUGAAGGCAUUUAACAUUUCGGGUGAACAUUUUUGUACUCUGAGGUAACACUGCCAUCCCUUGCCAGUAGAGAUCUUGCAUCGACCUGAAUUUUUAUAUAUUGUAUGAGAUACCCAGCCAAGGCAUUGGGUAUCUCUUCUCAUAUGCCUGAACAAGUAUGUAAAGUUACCUAGAAAACCACAAAAUCCAAAAUAUCUGAAGUUUUGGGGGGUUUGUUUGGGUUGGGUUUUUUUUGGGGUUUUUUUUUUUGGUUUUUUUUUUUUUAAUUUUUUUUCAAACAUAAUGAAGCCCCACUAAAACUAAACAAAUGCUUGGUAGGUGCAAAUCAUGUUUUUAAACCACUGUCUCUAGCAUGGUAUGGCAAAUGUUAUUGCAGAUUUUUUUUUGGGAGUCUGUUGCUGUAACAGAUAAAUUUAAAAUGCUUCAUAGGAAAUAAGGAAAAACUUGGCUGUACACUUAGUUUUAUACUAAUUAAUUGCACUAUAUGUUUUAGAUGCAUUUAUUGUAGCUAGAAUGAUCUAGGUGUGAUAAAUAGCAACCAGACAUGUUGCUAAUCCCAUUUUCAAGGUAUAAAUCCUUAGGUCACAGGGUUUGAAAA